GAGAGAGAGAUGGAGGCGGGCCGGAGAGAGGAGAGGGGAGGUCUCGCCUCUUGUCUUGCUGAGGCUCUUUGAAUCAGUGGCACUGGCUGAGACAACCCGGUUACCGGCCGCAGUUCCUCCGUUUAAGUACGAGCUUCGAGUCAGAUCAGCUGCCCAUGGUAAAGAACAGAGAGAUUCCCCUGCAGGACUUUGGGUCCUUUUCACGUCUCUGCGACCGAAAUCCUAGAGAACUUUUGUUCAGAGCGAACUUUUAUAAGAAGAAAAAUAAUUUGUACUGGAUGACAGCGAAGUCAGAGGAUGCUUUCUGUGUCUGUGGAGCUCGAAGUCUUCCAGUCAAAGUCCGUCUUGGCGCGUAAAGGAGUAACUGCGAUGAAGAAACUACAAGCCAGAAGCUCCACUCGGUAAGAAGUGGACAGAGUGCGAGUCAGAGAGGAAGAGGUUGAGAGAGAGAGAGUGGAGGCCAAAGAACAAACACCAGCGCGUCCUCAAAUGAUGGGGAUAAAGCUCCUUCUGCUGCUUUUGAUUUACUUAGACCCGCUGAAUGUCCUGUGCUCCGCCACCAACAACAAGAAGAGCAAAACUCCGCCGCGGAGAAACACAAAGGUGAAGGAGGUCAACGGCAGCACCACCGCGCUCCCGCUGGCUGCCGCCGUCCCGGGGAGAAUCACGCAGGUCCAGGCUCCCUCGGUGCAGCACGACACCUGCCUGGGCCACUACGACGUGAGCGGCCAGUACGACAAGGAGUUCGUGUGCAACAACACCGACCACCGCUUCUGCUGCGGCAGCUGCUUCCUCCGCUUCUGCUGCGCGGACCGCGGGAAGCGGCUGGAGCAGAAGAGCUGCACCAACUACAACACCCCGGACUGGAUCAAAACCCAGCCCCCGUCACCUGCGCCCACGGGUGACACGUACGACCCGGAGCUCGACCCGACCAACACCACGGUGUACAUCACGUGCGCUGUCAUCGCGCUCAUCAUCGCCAUUGGGAUUUGUGUUAAAGUUGCCUAUGACAAAGCCACCAAGCCGCCGCAGGAGAUGAACGUGCACAGAGCCCUGGCAGACAUCCUGAGGCAACAAGGUCCCGUUCCAAUAUCUCAGUACGAACAUGAAAACAUUGCAGCGAUUGAUGGGUCGCCCAAAGACGAGACGCCGGUCAGAACCUUGAAGAAUCAUUACACACCUGUUCACUCCAACCAUGGGCACUAUGGGAAAGAAAACCUGCGCAGCGGAGGCCAGGACAUGCACAACUUCAUCUCCUCUGGGUUUGUGACACUCGGACGUGGCCAUUUGAAAGCGCAGCACUCCAUAGACGAGUCGGGCCAGAUGUCCUGGCAGGGUGACCUGGACAUCCCCCUCUCCUACGGAAACCAUCACCAUGACUACCAGCACAGCCACCUGGAUCUGACUGCGCUCACACCUAAACUGGCCCACAGACAAAUGAGAUACGAGAGACCCCAGCGGAUGAACAACAUCCUGACCUCGGCCACGGAGCCCUACGACCUGUCCCUGUCCAGAUCCUUCCAGAACCUCAGCCAUCUGCCGCCCUCCUACGAGCUGGCCCUCAAGUCUGACUUAAGUAAAUACUCGUCCUCGCUCGUCAGAUUAAGUGAUAAGGAUGUUGAUGAUUACUACACAAGGAAGCAUCAUCAUGCUGACUUUGGCGGCAGGGGACCGACCCACAUGGUGAAGCUGAACACAGAUCAUCAACAGCACCAGCAGCGGCAGCGUCCCCGCCGAGUCCAGAGGGCCAUGUCCCAGGACCACGUCUUGUCUCCCCCCAGGACACCACGCCGUGGAGACUAUGGCUUAUCGUCGUAUGGCGUCAUGGCAGCUGCAGCGUACAGCAGCAGCCGGCACCUCUCAGAUGAGCAGCUGCUGUCAGCCGACCGCCUACAUUCCCAGGAUCCCUUGCUGUCGCCUGCGAUGAGGCGCGACAAGUUCCGGGAGAAGGCGAUGGCACGGGCCAUGUCUCACGCCGACAUGUUGAUGCCCGUAACGCCCGUCAUGGACCGCCACAAGAUGACCAAGAUGCACUCUCAGCCCAGUGCCUCGAACGACUCCUACAACACGCUGACGGUCAACCACCAGGUGACCACGUCGAAGAGGCAGGCGUUUGCCUCCCGACGAACUCACACAGUGGACCACCUACAGUACAUUCCUGGCCACCACCACACAUACCGCACUGCCAGUAAGAACGAAGUAACUGUUUAACCACAGAGAGGUUAGCCGAAGGAUCCCUGAGACUCGACACGUCGUUCACAGAGUCUCCUAAGCAGCAGCGGCGUCUUCUUGUUCAAACGACCUCCUACAUUAAACUCUUCCUGCUUUUUAGCACAAGCUUCCUGUGUUCAUCCAGGUUUUGGGUAACUAGAAUCAACCCCGGCAAAGACACAUCUCUCUAAAAGCAUCAUAAGGGCUUAGCGUGUUGACACAAAGAGAGAUCCUUCACGUCAGACAUUUGACAGCGUGAAGAAAAUAUUUUUUAAAACUGGACAUGGGACUAGAGGGGAAUUGUAUCAACUUUAUAAAUAUAUAAAUAUACUAUAUUUACUACUUGUAUUUUCAGUCCUUGUUAUAGCUUUAGAGAUUCUCAUUGACUGAUGUAAGCACUUCAAGUAGUGCCUCUUGAAAUUGUCCCAUUUCUAUGAUGAAGUGGAUUCGUGGGUUAAAAAGCACAAUUUAUGAAUUCCCUUUUUUUGUUCAAAUUAUUUAUCUCUUAUUCUUUGGUAAAUGGCCAGAACAUAUCAGCUUAUUAGUGAAUACAGAGGCUGUUUCUGUUGCAUACAGUAGAAGAUUGUAAAUACGCUAUAUUAGCAGCAUUUAAAGACUAAAAGCUGGCCUUGGCAUUAUGUUGUGCUUUUUUUUUAUCUCCCACUUGGACUCUAUCACGGAUUCUCAAGUACUAAUUUCAGUUUUUAGAUAAGGCAAAAAACCCCACAUUUAUAUCAUUUCCACAGAUGUCUGCAAUAUAUGUGGAUUUAAUAUCUAUAUGGGAAGUAUUGUUUUCUUCUUUACCUGUGCUUGUAGCAUAGAUAGUGUAUGAAACCACUGUUGGUUGGUAGUUUCAGACGCCAAUCCACAUGUGAAAAUGGAGCCUGAUGGUUGUUAAUUAGAUUAUUUUCCAUUCACACAUUUCCUUGCUUUGUCAUCCACAUGUAUGACCCCCGACCCACCUUCCUCGGGUAGUGAUUGGCCAGCUGCUUCCAUCUCUUCAUACCAGGUACUCUGUGUAGGAGCUGAGGAGCGUAUAGGUUGAGUGGUAUUUUUGUGCUGGUGUGUUGACAGAAACAAUCAGUGCUUAAGAGGACGUCGUACUCGCUAGUCAAUCAAGCAUUAAUUAAAACUGUGAAAUGUUGGUCCAGAUGUUUUCAUUAAAGCAAUGCCUUAUUGUAUGGAAUCCCAUAUGCUCUUCUGAACAAUCACGCUUUUGUCAUGUGUCGUCGUCUUAGCUUUUUGUGCAAUGUUAUCGAGUUUAAUUUACCAGCAGAACCAGCAGUAAAGACUUGUUCAGUGAUAGAUGAUGCAAUUAAUAUACCUCUGAAACACUAAAUUUAAUUGAGGGAGUUUUAAUCUCUUUAAGUAAAACAAUCAGUGCUUGUUAAGGUUUUUCUAUUGGAAAUGUGUUACAACAAUCACAUUACCUUAACUUUAUUUAAGGUUUGUUGGCCCUUAAGUAUGUGUACUGGUCUUUAAAUUCCAACUGUUUAUCAAGAUAAACCCAUCAGAGUUGGUCCUCAUGGGAAUAUUUGAUUCAAAAAUGAUGAAGAAAAAAAACACAACCAUGUUGGACUAGGUCUUGGAGUUAAACAAAGUGAGGUCUCAAGUCCGUACAAGUUAGUCCUAAAUCAAAAUCUGAUGUCAAGACAUUCAGCACCAAGCCGAGUCCCACUGACAAGACAAUUAAGUCCCAAAUCAAGACAAUUAAUUUCCAAGGUAAGACAAUUCAAUGCAAAAUUUCAACCAAAACAAGACAAUUUAAUCCCAAGUAAAGUCAAAACCAUGCACUUCCAAGUGAAGUCCUAAUGUCAAGACAAGUUUUCCUCUAGUAGAGUAAAUUUAUUCCCAGGUGAAAACAAUUUACACAUUGAAUUUCUGUACAUUGUCAAAAUGUCAUUGUAAAGAAACAAGUUAGUUAUUUAAAAACCUUUAGAUUUAGAUUUUCUUGAAAGGUCCAUAUUUCAAUAAUGUCCAAAAUAGUCAACCUGUAAAGAUCUCUACUUGGUCAAGAACAUUUACAUCUGAGUCCCAAAGUCAAGAAAAUGUAUUCCUAAGUCAAGAAUAUUGAGUCCAGAAACGUCAGUCCUAUUCUACUAUUUAGUGCCAGGUUAAGACAAUUUGGGCCCAAGACUAGUACCAAAGUCAUACUAUUUAGUGCCAAGUCAAGACGAUUCAGUCCUGAGUAAAGAUGUUUAAGUCAAGACAAUUAAGUCCAAUGCCAAGUCAGUAAAGAGCCAAGUCAUUUUUUAAGAUCUUUAGUUUUUAGAUUGUUCACAUGUCUAAUGGACCACUACAGACCUCUAUUUGAAACAAAAUCAAACGACCUUGACAAUAUGUUUGUUUACUAUCAAACAGUCUGGUGGUCAUAAACAGUAUUCAGUAUGAAGUCUCCUGUAAUUCUUUAAACUUCUACUUCCGUAACAAAGCAAUUUUUCAAUAUUAAAUGUAUGAUUAUGUUACAUCUUUACAACUUCAUUAAGUUGACUAUCUGUUUUCUUUUUUUAUGACACCCCGUAAAUUAAUGACCUUGUAGGAAGGUGAAAAAUCUACCAAAUGAGUUCAUCCAAAUUGUUUAUUUUACAUGCUUUAAAUGUGCUACUUUCCUUUUCAUGCUGGGUCUGCAUUAAAUGAUGUCAAUUAGAGAUUGUCUUUCUCCUAUAAUCAUGGUCUUUGUAUAUAUAAUAUGAUUUUUCUUCUUUUCUCUGAGAGUGCUUGCAGGUAAUGAAGUACAUUUUAUAGCUAUGGGUGAGAAGGAUGUUAAUUGUUCAGUAGGCUGCUUCAGACAGAUAUCUGUACCCUUUCACCUAGUUCGACUAAUCUUCACCAACGUCUCCUCCUUCUUUUCACUUAAUUAAUAAUGAUGUCAUCCCAAGAACCUUUUUAUCUAUGUGCAAUAUUUUCUAUUCAUGCACCAUAACUCUAUAGCCACUUACUCGUUUAAAAUGUUGUGAGGUUAAUUGGCUGCCAUAAAGGGUAUGUUGUCCUUUUCAGUUAGAAUUGUGGUAUUCAUACUUUAGAAGGAGUUUGUUUUAAAUGCAGCUUAAUGUGGUAUGAAUGAAACUGGUGUCUGGGUAACUUGCACAAAAUACUGGAGACUAAUUUAAAAGCUUCAAAACAACAAAAUAUGACUGUUCUUGUUCAUUUUCUGUUUGUUUAUAUCAUAUUAAAGCACAUCAUGUGUGUUAUAAAUCA